AUGUUGUUUAAGUCUCUUUUGGCUGUGGCUGCUGCUGCAGUGUCUAUGGUUGUUGCCGACGACUUGCCUGCCAUCGAGAUCGUUGGUAACAAGUUUUUUUACUCCAACAAUGGUUCCCAAUUUUUCAUCAAGGGUGUUGCCUACCAACAAGAUGUGCUGAACUCGACUGAUACACUGAGUUUUGUUGAUCCUUUGGCCGAUGCCGAUGCGUGUAAGAGAGACAUUCCUUACUUGAAACAGUUGAGCACCAAUGUCAUCAGAGUUUACGCCUUGAACGUUUCAUUGGAUCACACCGACUGUAUGCAAAUGUUGCAAGACAACGAUAUUUAUGUGAUUGCCGAUCUUUCCGAGCCUGAUAUGUCUAUCAACAGAGACGAUCCUCAAUGGAACGUCGAGUUGUACAACCGUUACACCGGUGUCGUCGAUUUGUUUCACAACUACACCAAUGUGUUGGGUUUCUUUGCUGGUAACGAAGUCACCAAUGAAAAGUCAAACACCAAUGCCUCCGCUUAUGUGAAAGCCGCUGUUAGAGACACCAAGGCCUACAUCAAGGCUCAAGGUUAUAGAACAAUUCCUGUUGGAUACUCUGCCAAUGAUGAUCAAGACAUCAGAGUUUCUUUGGCUGAUUACUUUGCUUGUGGAGAUUACUCCGACAGAGCCGAUUUCUUCGGUAUCAACAUGUACGAAUGGUGUGGAAGUUCCUCUUACAAAACCUCCGGUUACUCUGAUGCCACUGAUGAUUACAAAAACUUGGGUAUUCCAAUCUUCUUCUCCGAAUACGGAUGUAACAAAGUUCAACCAAGAAAGUUCCAAGAAGUUGGUACCCUUUUCGGUAGUCAAAUGACUGACGUCUGGUCUGGUGGUAUCGUGUACAUGUACUUCCAAGAAACAAACGACUAUGGUUUGGUGUCGGUUAAAGGCGACUCGGUUUCCACAUUGGCUGACUUCAACUACUUGAAGUCUGAAAUGGCCAGCAUCUCUCCUUCCAGUGCCAAGUCGCUGGAUGUAAGCUCCACAACCGUCACUUCCUGUCCUACUAGUACCAGUAACUGGGAUGCUUCCACCGAAUUGCCUCCAACUCCAGAUGACCAGGUCUGUAACUGUAUGUCCGAUUCUUUGGAGUGUGUUGUUGAUAGCAGUGUUGACUCUAGUGACUACGGUGACUUGUUUGGAGAAGUGUGUGGAAAUAUCGACUGUUCUGGUAUCAACGGAGACUCCACCACCGGUAAGUACGGUGCUUACUCACCAUGUUCUCCUAAGGACAAGUUGAACUUUGUCUUGAACUUGUACUACUUGGACCAAGACAAGAGCAAGUCUGCUUGUGACUUUGAUGGUUCUGCAUCUAUCAAGAAGGCUACCACUGCCUCUUCAUGUUCGAGUUACUUGAAGUCUGCUGGAACUUCCGGUCUUGGAACUGUGUCUGGCGCCAUCCGCACCACUUCCCACACUGGCAUUACCGCAACCGGUUCGAGCGAUUCUGGCUCUCAAACUGGUUCUUCUUCUGACUCGGGCUCUUCUUCUUCAAGCUCGAGCUCUGGUAAGAAGUCUGGAAGCGCCAAGUUGUCAGUCGACGUUGUUGCCAGAUCCUUAUUGGUCGGUGCUUUCGUCGUGGUGGGAUCAUUGGUCGUUAUUGCCUAA